AUGUCUUUUUUAAGAAACAUAAACAAGGUCGAAGAGUUUAAUGACGAUGCCGGUGCUGAUAUAGGUGACUUAACGGGAAGUGCGAAUCUAUCGUUUGACGACAUUAAACAUAUAAGAAAUGAAGGAAUAUAUAACUCAAGCAACAAUUUGGACACAGCACCCAUCAUUCCUACUUUGGGAACUUUUGGAAAACAUGUCCCAGUCAAUAGCAACUCCAAACUCAAUAAUGUACAAUAUAGGAAGCAAAUGAAUCAACAAAAAAAGAUGGCUCUACUUAGUGGUGCAAGAGCAAAUUCAUUGGCCGCAGGAGGAAAUCCAAUGCAGGAAGGGCCCCGAGCCAACUCCAUGGCUGCAGGAGUCAAUCCAAUGUACGACGGAAUGAGAACAAACACCAUGGCCUCGAGCUAUUCCAUGAUGCCUGAUCAGCGUUAUCAGUUUACUCAACAACAAAUGGUUUCCGACCCACGGUCCAUGUCGAUGACAUCACAGAGAGGUAAUCCAAUGAGACCGCAACAACAAUUUCCAAUGAGACAGCAGCAGUAUCCACCGCAAAACCUGCAACAAUUUGAUCAAGGUGCUCGUUCGAUGUCUUUAAUGGGUGGAGGAAUUCCCGGAUAUGGUCAGAAUUAUCCAAGGACAAAGUCGUUGGGAGGAACAAGGCCGUUCAUGGGUGGUCCCCAGGGAACCCAGCACCCCCCUUUUCGAAGCAGAAACUUAGUUCCAUCUAAUCCACAACAGCAACUACCACCACAGGGUGGUCCUCCUUACAGGAGUCAAGUGCCCCUCCAUUCGCAACCUCAAUUUUAUCAAGAGCAAAGCUUGAGAAACAAUGGACAAUUUCAACCUGCCUCAGGGAAUGCUGGAUCAAAUGCAAGUAAUCAAAUGGAGUCGAACUAUCCACCAAACGGGUCGCAUUCAAGACUGUUUCUUGAACAAGGUUCACAGUAUGUGCCACAACAACAACCCCAACCUCACCAUCAACUGCUUCAGCAAUCUUCCCAAUUUCAUCAUAACUAUAAUGAUCAGCAAAUACUAGACGGAAGUGCUCAACGCAAUGCUCAACAACAAAAUCUUCAUCCGGAACUAGUUCCACUUGAUGAUAGUGGCUAUAACUCCACUCAACAAAACUCAUCCGAGGCGCUAGGUGAAGUCCUUGAAGAAGAUGAAGAAAACCAGCAUCCAGUUGACGAUGAAGACGUUAUCUACAAGUUUGACGCAGAGGGCAACAAAGGAAUAGAGUUAUCACGAAAGUCCACUUUGAAAAAGAAUAAUUCAAUGAGAGUGCGUAAGUUGAACAUAUUCAACAAUGGUGAGCAUAAUGAUUUACAGGAAAGCAAAGAGUCACAAACUACUCCUUUGCAAGAGAACUUGAAAUCUGUUGAUUCUAGGGAUUCAGAGACAGGAGCAGGUAAUUCAAUAGAGAAUAAGGAAUUAUCCAACGCUCCACCCACCGAGAAGGAUAUUGAUUCUGGAAACGCCGGCGCAAGGCACUUUUCAGACUCACAAUCAACGACCCUGGACCUUAGAAAACCACUGGAACCACGUUCGCUUCAUAGUAUUGUGGCAAAUACAGCUUUUAGCAACUUUAGAGCUGCGUCAGCAGAAAAUCCACAGUUUUCUAACCCGCAAUUGGUGCAGACAAGAACUCAAUCACCUAGCUCUUUUUAUGAAGCGAAUGAUUCUCCUGUGGGCAAUAACUUUGAUAGUGAGAAUGAAUUUCGUAGGACAGGUCAAAACGGGGACGGAGCGAAUACUCCACCAACAGCACCAACUUCACAGGUUUCACAUUUGGUAGAGGGAGUAUAUGAUAGUAAAUUUGACAAUUAUUCGACUAUUACGGAACCGAUUCAAGAUAUUUCAGAAAACGAGAACAGAGGAAGAUACAGCCCAGAACCAGAACACUUAUCCAAACCUCACAGGGAGGUCAGGCCAUUUAAUACUGGCACUGAGCAGCCACUGGUCAACCAAACAGAGGGAUCAUUGAAUUCAAUUCCUCGCACAUUCUCAUCAGCUUCACAUACAAGUCAACUGAGCAAGAAAGAGAAAAGAUCUUCUUUCUCAGGAAAGAAUUUUUUGAAGCGGUUAUCAAGAUCGAAAAGGUCGAGCGUCGUUGAAUCAGAUAGAGAGCCCAAUGUCAAAUCACAUCAAAGAACUCCGUCUUCCAACACAAUUGCUUCGUCUGUUGCCGAUAGAUCUAUGCAUGCGAAACCUUUGCCUUUUACAAAAGAGGAGAUGCACAUCAUGAAUUGCAACACGGAGUUGCUUCAUGAGUUGGAGUCAAUUACAAGGGAGCUAGCUUCGUCAAUUAAACGAGAAUUGUCUUUGGAAACUCGGCUUAAGAAUCAGACAGUAUAUUCCCGUUCACCUGGUGGAGAGCCAGAGAAUUUGGAAUCAGUAGUCAUAGAAAAGUCACGAGCAAUUGUUGAUUUGCAAGAGAAGCUAAACAAAGAGAAAAGACUUAGGUUCAUAAGUGAAGAGCACGCAUUACUUCAGGAACAAGGACAAUCACCAAGUGCUUUGAAAUUGGAAUACGAGAAAACAGAGAUAUACAAUCAGCUAGUCGCAAAGAAUGACCUUGUGAAUCAACUUCAAAAUAGGAUAUCUGAAUUGGAGUCACAGGGCCCCGUGGAUCUCAAUGCAAUGGAUAGCAAUUUAAUUGAAAAGAUUCAAAUUCUUCAAGCAGAAAAUGAAGACUUGAUAAACCAAAAUUAUGCCCAAAAGGAAGAGGUUAAAAUAUUAGAGAGUCAAAGGGAUGAGUUGAGGGAGGUUAUAGGAAAACUAACGUCUCAAAAUAACCAAGAUGCAAAACUUUUUAACGACAAGAUUAAGGCAUUGGAACUGAAAUGCCAAAACUUGAAAGGUGUCAAUGACAGAUUGACAAAUAGGGACGGGAAUGUAAACACUUCCAAUGGUUCAUCUUUUGGAUUUAAUAGAUUAGGGUCAAGAGGUAAGCUAAACGGCUUUACAAUUGUCUCUCCGAACGAGAGAUUUUUAGAGGACUCUUAA